AUGGAUUCCACUCUCAACCCCACUGCCAACAUUACCGACUCCAUCCCGGAGGCCAACAAGGCCUCGACGCCCGCCAAGCCUGCCAACAACGGCAAUGUCACCAAGCGUCUUCAAACCGAGCUGAUGACUCUCAUGAUGUCGCCUUCUCCCGGUGUUUCGGCCUUCCCUAACGAGUCCAACUUCCUCGAAUGGACGGGCACCAUCGAAGGCCCCGAGGGCACGCCUUACGCUGGCCUUACCCUCAAGCUGUCGUUCUCCUUCCCGCAGAACUAUCCCUACGUUCCGCCGACCGUGCUGUUCAAGACGCCCAUCUACCACCCCAACAUUGACUUCUCCGGUCGCAUCUGCCUUGACAUCCUGAAGGAGAAGUGGAGCGCCAUCUACAACGUACAGUCGGUGCUGCUGAGCCUGCAGAGCCUGCUUGGCGAGCCGAACAACCCGCUAAACGGCCAGGCUGCUGAGCUCUGGGAAAAGGAUCCUGAGGAGUUCAAGCGCAACGUCCUUGCCCGUCACCGCGACCUCACUGAGGAGGAGCUUGCUUCCUAG